AUGCAUCUACUUCAUUACAGUAUCAUAUUGCCUCUCAGCCUUUCUCAAUACGUCUCAUCUUCUCCCUCUGCUCGCACACAGCAGAUCACCCUCUCAGGGAGCACUGGAACUGUCUCUUCCAUCCAUGAUGCAUUGACAUAUAGCUCGGUCAUCCCCGAUGUACUUGAUGAGUUUGAGGCUACCUAUUCCGUCUCCAUUGAAUAUCCGAAAUCUCAUGAAUCCGUUCAGCUUGGAAACGACAUUCCCGUAAAGUCUGUCUCUUCUCGGCCAGCUUUCGAGUUUCAUAGCAUCUCAGCUGAAGGUGGUACUCCUGGGUCAAGCCACAAGUCGUUCACGCUAAUCCUUACUGAUCCUGAUGCCAAAUCUCGUGACAAACCAAAAUGGAGCGAGAUGUGUCAUUGGAUCGUGACGAACUUGACGGCACCAGUGACCGGUGCAACAGGGGUCUCGAUGAAGAAUGAGCUGGUUGAAUAUCUUCCACCAACACCACCACCAAAGACAGGCAAACACCGAUACGUCUUCGUGCUGUUAGAGGGGCAGCAAGGGCAAGCAUUGAGCGCGCCAAAGGACCGAAAGCAUUGGGGAUAUGGCAAGAAAAGACAUGGUGUGCGCGACUGGGCUGAGGAGAAUGAAUUGAGCGUUGUGGGAGCGAAUUUUUUCUUUGCCGAAGAUGAGAAGCAGUAA